AUGUCGAGGAGCGUAGACUACCCUAAAUCUCCCGCCGAGGCGGAGAAACACAUAGAAGCUAUUCGAGCACGUUUAUCUGGCGCCCAUGCUGAAAGAGAGGAUCGUCUGCAUAAAUUGAUCAGUGAACAAAUGUACAGCAAACGAGGCCAUUUCAUUUAUGAGCUACUCCAGAACGCGGACGACACGGAGUAUGCCGCAGGCCCAAUUAUCAAUAUUCGACACUCCGGUAACCGACUGCUUUUUGAAUGCAAUGAAAUUGGAUUCUCCAAAGCCGACGUUGAGGCAUUAUGCGAUGCAAGUAAUAGCACGAAGAAAAAAACGAACCCAACAAGAAAACAGAUUGGCGAGAAGGGUAUCGGCUUCAAAUCGGUAUUCAAGGUCUGUAGCUCUGUCUGGCUCAAAUCAGGCUUUUACCAGUUCAAAUUCGAUAAAAACAUACUGUUGGGCAGGAUUCAGCCUAUCUGGGAAGCGUUCCCCGUGUCCACCACACCAGGUUACACCGGAAUCUUGAUCGACUUGGAAGCUGAAAAUAAUGCUCACAUACGAAGUGCUUUGGAAGGGGUAGAUCCAAUCAUACUAUUAUUCCUUCAACAAGUCCGACAAAUUAAUAUCAGCAUCCAUGCAGAUGGUAUCUUGGCAAGAGCUCGUGGGCCAACAUUCAAUAGACUCACCGCAGAGAGCAUCCCCAAAACUGCAAGGGUACUUCAUAGAAUUCGGUGUGAGCGGAAUAGAAGUGGCUCAUCAUUGGUGGUUUUCAGAUAUCCUGUGAUCGACCUUCCAUAUCAUGUAUCACGACCACUUCAGAAUGACACAGAGAUCAUCCUGGCAUUUCCGGAGAGCUUUGGCUCGAGAGACAAAGACAACCGUGGAGGCGUAUAUGCCUAUCUACCUGUGGGGAAGUAUGGCUUCAAGUUCUACAUUCAGUCCGACUUCAUCGUCACUACAAGUCGUGAAAAGAUUGACUCCAAUGAAUGGAAUCGUCACCUCGUCGAUAUGCUCCACACUGCUUUAAUAGAAGCUAUAAAGCAGCUCAAGAAUUGGGACGACUCUGUCUUGCGAUACUCAUGGCCGCUGCUGAUUCACUUUGAGAAUGCUGAGCUGGAUAUAUUUAGUUCUCUGCCAGCAAAGCUAGAAGCUACACUGUCUCAAACCGCCAUUCUUGAGGAUUCCCAGGGGAAUUUCAUGCUACCCGGCAAUCUGAUGCACGUCCCGAAGGAAUUCAUGAACACAGAUGGCUCCCCACUAAUACCUCAAGAACACUGUGCAAGACCCCCACUAAAUCCGAAAUAUCCUAUUGAAUCUGUUGGUGUACUCGAUAUAUUUCAAAGUCUCGGUGUCGAAACGCAAACAACUGAAGGUUUUCUCUCUGAUCUUCGGAGGUUCAUUGCCGACGAUCCGGCCCGUUUUCGCACAAUGCCACUUAUGUGGUAUGAGCAACUAUGCAAUGCUUUGAUGAUUUUGCUCAAGGAUUAUCGUGAGGAUAUUGCGGGCCUAGAGAUUGUGCCGCUCAGUAGUGGUGAUUGGGUCUCUCCAUCUGCUGGCUAUUGCUAUUUUGCUCCUGAACAGCAGGAUAACCUAGCAUUCCCACUAAGCGUUGAGAAUGUGUUCGUCGUCCACCCCGGAGUCAUGAAGAACCAAUCGCAUGCGGAAUUACUUAGGGCCAUUGGAAUCAAGGAUGGUACACCAUCAGAACUUUGCAAGCAUAUCAUCAAAAAACAUAAGGAGUACUCCAGAACGUAUACAUGGUGGGACUCCUAUCAAUUACUCGAUAAGUUGAAAGUUCUCUACAGCACCAAAGAUAUGGUGUCACAGAUGACUUUUCUUUAUCGCUCAGGUUGGACACCAAAAAGGACAAAGCACAAUGACGUACCAGAUCUGUGGUGGAUAGACGAGAGUGGAGAGUUUUGCAGAACAAGCGACAUAUACAUUCAGUCUUCCGAGCCCCAGUCUGCAAGUUUAGUAUCUCAUGGCUCUAAGACUCGGUUACGGUUUCUUCAUCCUGAUUAUAUGAAAGAAUUCGGCGAUGAGCCAGCUGGGCUGGAGUUCUUGGUAAAAAUUGUGAAAGUCCGAAAGAUGCUACGUGUAGCAACGUCGGAUGAUGGCAUCGGCUGCAAAUUGCACAACGACUUCAAGUCUCUAGCUCAGGAGCGCCCGAUACGAAUGCUACAGAUGCUGAGCAAGACUUGGCGUUUUUAUGGCCCUUGGUUCACUCAGUCCGAUCGGAACAAAUCUGGAGAUGCACCAAGCACAUUGGAGAAUAGUUCGAAGGAGGAACUCAACAAAGCUGUCCGAGAUAUAAUGGUGCCAUGUCACAGUAAGGAUCGGUCAAUCAAAAUCAAACUUGGAGAAGCCUAUCUUCCUAGGAAAAAGUUACUUGAGCUCUGCGAGACGAAAACGUUUGAGCGCUGCGGACGCCGCAUUGAGAGAUGUUCGAUCUGUAUUACAUUGUGUUCGUUGCAAAGCGAAAGAGGUUCUCAAGAAAUACGAGGAGCGGUACCAGUAGAUAGACUACUUGAUGUGCCAGAUCCUGACGAGGAUUCAUGGAACUUUCUCGACAACUUCGGUGUCAUUCAUGAGCUCACGGCCAGCGUUUUCGUCCGACAUUUGCACCAGAUUAUAGGUACAAACGUAAGCCAUGCCCACAUGGAUAAUAUAUACAUGCAUCUAGAGAGCUUUAUCGAUGGUCCUGAUGGCAGAGGCAUUCAAAAGGCUCUCCAAAAUAGCGAUGCGAUUUACGUGCCCGAAUCAGUUGGCGCAUCAAGAGGAGUUUGGCAAGGCUUCUACGCAUGUGAUCGAAAAUAUCUUUUUGCGGCAAAACUUACAAUGAGAAAUGCAACAGAACAGGAUUUAAUACUAGAGGCCAUGCAGUUACGCGACACGGACGGCAUAGACCACAUAUCAUCACUAUUGGCCCACAUCCCAACGUUCUGGGUGGAUUCAGCGCACUACAGUCCGACAGAAAUUGCAGAUCCCCAGAAAGCCUGGGUUUCUUCCAUGCAUCAAUCAUUCAAGUCCAUUCCCAUGAUUCCCGUAAGGUUAACGGGUUCCAGAUCGGAUACCUUCGUCCUUCGUUCAAGCGACGAUGACAAAUCUUGGUUUAUACCAGAUCGUCAUCACCUGCAUAAAGCCUUCGUCGGGCUGGUUGAUAUGGCCGAGCUGUCAUCAUUGAAUUCUAUCCAAUUGAAAAGAUUGAUAGAGGGACUCAAGAUGGAAGAAAGGUGCUUGUCAAAAGUGGCUACCCAGAAUGCCUUCAAAGCCGAGCAGCCAGAACCAUUAGAAAAGUACACAGAAGCCCUUCGGAAAAAAGUGCCUUACAUACAUUCAGCAAUUCUGAGCAACUACAUAUUCCCAGAUCCUGCGCAACUGAUGAGCAAUGUGGAAAAUAUCCGCGCCAUAGGAUGUGAACAGAUCGGCAACAGCUGGACACUGAAUUCUGGCGAAAUGGUCAUUGAGAGCCAGCCUGACCAUUCUCAAGUGAGCUGUAGAAUUGAAGAUAAUGCGCUCGUGAUAUAUAUUGCGGGGGGAAACGAUCUGGAAGAGGCUUUGCUGACUGAGCCGCCUCCACCAGAAAUGUCUAAAGGGCUUCUCGACUUCUUCGGUAUUGAGGACAAAGAUGACGCCGUGUGCCUAACCCAAAUUCUUGCUUACAAUAAUUUGGCCCGGUUGAAAAAAGAUCUAGAAAGAUGGCCAAGGCGGAGACAUCCGAUGAAGAUGAAAAGAAAAGAAGUCGUCCGGCCUGAAAGUAAGAAUCCGGCAUCCAAUAAGGAAGACUCAGGGAAGAAGACAAAUUUGGCACCGGAGAAUGUUGAUACGGCAAAGGAUUCUGCGAAUUCUCCGGCCACGAAACCAAACGAAAUGCUAGAUGGCCAGCAAGAGAUCCCAGAAGCACUCACGGCGUCUAGCACUGAAGAGCCAGCUGGACUAGAAAUAGGACUACAAGCAAGUCAAAGCGUGGCUGAGAAGGCAAGUUCUGAGGCUAGCGUAGGAUCUGGGGUAGAUGGAGAUAAGACUAUAGCGGAAGGGAUGGUUCAAGAAGAACCUGCAUCGCAGACGCUUGAUGAGGGUGUAAUGGGAGAGGUCGAGCCCUUGAAUGGUGAUACCAAAGUGGUCCACCAUGAGAUCAACACUGAGAGGCCUGAAGGAGAAGAGAAACAUGAUUCUUCCUUGGGCCUGAUAAGUGAACAGAAAUUUAAUGCUCAAUGGCGCGAUUUUCCGUCGAAUGACACAGAACAAAGGACCGCGUCAACAGAUUCGAUGGAGAACAGCAUAAGUGGGAAAAAGCCCUCACCGCAACGAGCGGAUUUCAUUUCUUCUAGGGACUACGACGAAACGUUGCUAUCCAAUAGGAGAUACAGGAAGGAUGCAAAGCGAUUUGUGCAUAUGAAGUCCGGAAGAGUACACUUGGUAGAUCCUUCCCCAAGGAUGGUAUUCUAUGGCGAAGAUACCAAAGAGACACGGUAUCUGGCUGAGCUAUAUAUGUCACGCCAUUUCGAGGGGUUCUUCGGCAAGGACAUCCACGGCCAGAACGUGUACAAACCGAACGAGCAUUGGACCAGUGAAUUUCGUCUACGAAAUGGACACGCACCCUUCUUACCACAGAACCAGAAUGAAUAUGUUAUUCAUUCUACAUUCACAAUUGUAGACACGGAGGGGAAGCUCAAAGAUUUGAUGAAUGCUGAUGAUGCUGUCGAUAGUCUUUCGCUUGCAGAGAUCUGCAGCUUCCAUAUAGAAGUAUGCGCUACUAGCGGUGGACUCCACUCCCCGUUCAUCCUCCCAAGUCAGCAGUACGAAAAGGCCAGGGAAAUGACCACAGUCGGCAGGCAAGGUUCAAUCGAGAAUAUUUACAUCAUUGCAAGAGUGUACAAUAUACACGAUGAUCCUGGAUUUGCGCUCUACGCGGACCCUUGGAAGCUGUAUCUGAAACGAGUGAUAUCUCUCGAAGUCAACAGCUCUUUCGAAGGCAGCGUUUCCACGGCCACCCCUGCAAUUCUCUCACGAGACUCAUUAGGCAAAGGUCUCGUAACGGAAAUACAUGAUAUCUACAAAGACCUCUACGUCGGUGACCAAGAAAUACGACUGUUGGAGCUAACACUUGGGAAUGAUAACGAGCAUCUACAAGGAGAACUCAUUGUUAAGGAUUUGAGGGACCCCGAGACAUCAUUUUGGGCAAUUUCUUAUGUCUGGGGAUCUGAUCCAAACGACCAGUCCCCUUUCUUUAAGACUAGCAAAGGGAAGAUACGAAUCACAGACUCCUUGAAUGAGUGCCUUAGGUGUCUCAGAAGAAAGCGUGUAAAGGCUCUUAUAUGGGCUGAUGCGAUCUGUAUUGAUCAAGGCAACAACAUUGAGAAGAAUAUGCAAGUACGGCGGAUGGGAACCCUCUACAACACUGCAGAGAAAGUGGUAAUUUGGACCGGAGGUCAACGAGCUGAAGAUCUGUAUGCAAUGGACUGGCUCCUCAGUUUGCGGAAUCUCCCCCGUUCAUCCGACAUUACCUUGGAUCCAGCAACUAAAAUCGAACACAUCAGCGAGUUCCUGGCUCGAGCAUGGUUUGGUCGAACUUGGACGAUACAAGAGCUGGUGUUUGGCUCAGAUGUGUCAAUAAUAUGUCAUGACCAAGAACUUGGAUGGGAUGACUUCAUCGCCGCAAUUUCUCUAUGUGAAGAGGAAUUACUGGAGAAGCGCGAAGCACUACACAGAUCGGGCCCUGCCCUGCACCUCAACAAGACCCGGCAGCUCUAUUUGAAGGAGGGUAGACGAUACAGUCUAUUGCAAUUGCUGGAGAUGUUCCACCACACUGAAUCCUCUAAACCACGAGACAAACUGUUCGCGAUGUUACACAUGGCCACGGAUGCCACUGAUGUAAAAGCGUUCUACCCAGAUUACGAGUCAACGGAUAAUGUUAUCCUAGCAAGAUACGCCAAACAGUAUGUCGCAUCCCAUGAUUGGUUGCAAUUAUUGUAUCGCGCAGGCAGCGGAAAGUCAUCCUUCUUCUGCACUUGGAUACCUGAUUUCAUGAAUUUCAGAAGGGUAGAACCAUACAUGCCGACAAUAUCAUCCUGGAUGGUUACUGGUACCGGAGAUGGUAACCAUUCUUUCAAUGCCCAUCCUCCAGGAUCGCGAGGUGUUGUCGUUCGUGAACCAAAUUCGACAGACGCUGCCCCAAUACUCGUACUGAAGGGCUAUGUAUUCGAUUCCAUCGGAGAUUGUCGUGGUCUUGAGAUAACACGAUAUUCACUCAAAUUCAGUGAUGUACUCGAAGCUUCAAAACGCAUAGCAAACUUUGGUCGGUACCCAGACGCAGGCCCUGAUUGGGAAGACGACCUUCGUGUAAAGUGCCUCAUUGGGGAUGCUAUAGGCCCUUAUCACAAGAACUCACCGCAAUCUUCAAAACAAGAGGUGUGGGCACCCGAAUUCAAAUCGACAAUUUGUGGCAUUCGUCUCGACCAGGACGCUCGUAAACAGAUGGAUGAAAUGUCGGAUGCGUCACGAAGGCUCGUCAAUGCAUAUCUGCAAACAGUCUCGAACUUCCUAGGUUUGAUUCCAGGAGCCGCACUAUGCACAACAAAGAAGGGGUAUAUUGGAAUUGUGCCUGGAGAAACAAAACCCGGUGACAAGGUGGUAUUACUCUUUGGCUCAAGAGUGCCCUUCGUGGUGAGGGAAGGUAAAGAGCCAGGGCAGUAUAAGCUUAUCGGGGAGUGCUAUUUACAUGGUAUCAUGCACUUCCAAGCUUCGAGACUCUCUGGCCUGGUAGAGCAGGAAAUUUGUUUAAUAUAA